CUGGAGUUCGUAUGUUGUUCCCACUCGAGUUUAGGUAGCAGUUGUAGAAAAGAUACAAACAUUGAAGAAUUCUGACUCUGUGAAUGAGAAAGAAGAAAUCCAACAGAAGAAAAUAAUGAAGGGGAUUGAGGCUGCUCUAUCAACCUGAUCACACAUUUAAAGCAAUAAUGAAGAGUUAAUGAGAAUGACACCAGAAAAAGAAUGUAGAGAUGCACAUAAAUACUCGUAUAAGGAAAAAGACUAAUAAAUGUAGCAUUUGUGGGAAAACAUUAAGUCGAAAAACCAUAUAAAUUUGAUGUGUGUGGAAGAGUAUUCUCUAUAUUAGGGCACCUACAGAGGCACAUGAAGAUACAUACUGGUGAAAAAAAAGAUCAAUAUUAUGUGUUUCAGAGGAAAAUCAGAGACAAAAAAGAUUUAAAGGUACACUUGUGGACUCACGAAAGUGAAAAACAAAGGAUUUCUUAUUAAGCACCUGACUCUUAAAAAGAUCCAAGGUCACCUAGGGUUGAAAAACUUUCCAAGUAUAAAGAGACAUGCAGUCAGUCAAAUAACAUGGAGAUACCAAACAACACUUAUCUGGAAAAAGCUUUCUAUCAGUGUGAUGUUUGUUGGAAGGUGUUUAGUAAAUCUGGGGGUUUAACGAGACACAGGAAGAUGCAUUCAAGUGAAAAACCUCAUAAAUGUGACAAGUGUGGAAAAGCAUACAUUGAAAGAGGGCAUUUGAUUGGACAUAUGAAGACACAUAAUGAUAACAGUCUUGUAACCUUUGCUGAAAAAGAAUACUUGAACAGACACCUGAUGGCGCAUACUCGGAAAAAGUCUUUUAAUUGUGGCAAGUGUGGAAAGUCCUUUGGUACAAAAAAAUACUUACAGAAGCACAUGAGAAGACAGGCAUGUGAGAAACUAUUGAAAUGUGAUGUGUGUCUGGAGGUCAUUGCAAAAUUUGAUUUAGAAAGACACAUGAAAACACAUCAAUGUAAAAACCCAUUUGUUGAUAUGUGCAAGAUGGUAAAUUAUCAAACUGGGCGGUUUGAUGAACCAGUAAGGAUUUCUAUUUAUAGAGGAUCCUUUCUGUGCAAAGUGUGUGGAAAGAUGGUCACUUGCAUGGAGAGCCACAUGAGGACACACACACAUGGGAAACCUUACAAAUGUAACGUGUAUAAGAAAGCCUACAAUCUAAAAGCAUCCUUGCCUACACUUACAGGGACACAUACAUGUAAUAUACCCUAUAAUUGUGAUGUGUGUAGGAAAGUAUUCAACCAAUUAGGACAACUAGAGAGACACAAAGAGACACACAAAAUUAUUAGGCCUUAUUUAUGUAGUUUAUGCGGAAAGGCAUACACACACUCGCAUAACUUACAUAUACACAAAAGGACACAUACAGGUGAAAAACCUUAUCAGUGUGAUUUGUGUGGGAAAUCUUUUAUACACUCAUCUAACUUAAAGCUACACAUUAGGACACAUACUGGUGAAAAACCUUAUAAAUGUGAUGUGUGUGGGAAGGUAUUUAUCCAAUCAGGUGCUUUACGUAGACACAUAAGGACACAUACAGGUGAAAAACGUCAUAAAUGUGUUGUAUGUGGAAAGGCAUUUUACCAACCAGAACACUUAAAAAAACACGUGAGGAUACAUACAGGUGAGAAACCUUAUAAAUGUGAUGUCUGUGGAAAGGCAUUCAACCAAUCAGGUUAUGCAAAGCUACACAUGAGGAUACAUACUGUUAAAAAAACUUUAAAAAUGUGAUGUGUGUAAAAAGCGAUUUUACCGAUUAUGUGCUUUACAGAAACACAAGAGGACACAUACUGUACAGGUAAAAAACACUUAUAACUGCUCAGAACACCUGACAGUUGAGACAUUGAGUCAAUUUUAUGUGUGUGAGAAGGCAUCUUACAAACGUUUAACGAUCCUAUGUUUUACAGAGACACAGGAGGACACAUACU